AUGGAGGAAGAUGAUCAGAAUAAUAACAUCUGUUUUGGUGAUAGUGACGUCUUUCUUGAUAUUAAAUCAAUCAGGUACUUGAAUACGAUUGAAGAAGACACUUUGGGGCUAGCGCAGAACACCAAUGGCAUACAAAACAGUCUACAGGACGAUAAGAAACAAGAAGUCAAAAUGGCAAGUACAGAAGCAGGAUACAAAUUGUCUCAGGCGCCUACCGAAUGUCGGCAGAUUAAUCAACCUGGCGCUUCAAUCGGGGGAAGUGGAAACCACGAACCCACUCUGUUCAGCAUUCAAAUAGAUCAGCCUCAAUUAGAAUCAGAACUGACUAGGAACUUACCUGACAAGCCAUUCAUCGAAACAGACAUAGGCAGCUUGGAAUUAGCCCUAACUGAGUGUGGUCACAACUGCGAGGGCUCAAAGUUCCUGGACACAUCGCUACACCCUUAUACACCUUAUCCCUCUCCGAGGACUUCAAAAUUGAGCACAAAAUCAAGAAAACCUAUAGAAGCUUUUAGUCGAGUUUCUCUCAGCCCUACUAUUUUUACCUUCAAAAGACGCAGUUUCAAAAAUCAGGCCUGCACGCAUAACUCUCCUGUCACUAGUGGUGGGACUUCACCGGCAAAAUCGACCGAAAACUGCAGCUCAGCGCCGGUUUUAAACUCUGUGUCUUCCAGGUCUAGUUUGAGCGAGCAGAGAUUACCCAUGUCAUUCCAGUCCAACUCCGACCUCAAAUCCCUUGUCAAUCGGAGCUCCCCUCUGUCAUCGAUAGACGACGGCAAUGAGGAAACGAGUAGCAGUCAAGCCACUUCUGACCUAUCUCUCGCCACCUUAAAACCAUCAGUGUCGUAUGAGACUGGAUUUUACCCUUCAAAAGGUCGUCGAAGUUCACUCGGUUGGGCAAACAAACCUCGUCCUCCGCCUGCGUUUUCGCACUUCUCGGCUGCAAUUCCAACGGCAGACAUAACCAAGAAAGUAAAUCGCCAGGGGUCAGUCAGUGAAGCCUCGAAGCCGAGCUCGACGACACGGAGGAAUAGCUGGACCAAUAUGAUUAGUGGGAUUUUCGGUCGGAGGAGUUCGGAUCCCUGCACAUGCAGCCUGGUCACAAAUUGCAAUAAUGUGCUGCCCAAAUAUUCUGAUAAAGGGAAGUCAAUAUUGUCAAGGAAUAGAGCUCAAGACUGGGGAGCAAAUGACGCAUUCGAAGACGGCUAUUUGGAGAACACAGUGGCAGACAAAAGGGGGUAUGAGAGCGACCCAUCGGACAAACUUGAUAGAAACCUUCAGCAAGCCCCACUGUCAAACCCAUUCAGCCAAAGAGACUCUCCAUCGGAUUACUUGACGCCACUCGAGGAUAUACCUUUCCAUCCAACACUGGUGGCGGAAACUACACAAGGCUCCUCUUCAACUCCUUCUUCCAUGACGCCAAAGAUCGCGGUACUAUCCUCUCCAUUGGAAGAAGUCAGACCCGACAUUCAGGACGAUGACGGGAGUGAUAUAUCUUCAGUCAUAGACACAGAAGUAAGGAAGGAGGCCGAAAGUUUCCAUGAUAUACUUAACGCCAAUUAUUAA